UCAAAGUUUUCAAUUCAAAUCGUUCGGCAGUCGUAAUUUAUUUUUAUUUCUGUGUUUAAUUGGUCCGGCAUUGCGAAAUAUACUUUAAUGUGAAAAGAAGUGUUCGCACACUGUGUACAGAGUGAUAAGUAAUGUAAAAGUGAGAUUUUGUAUGCACGUAGUCAAUAAAGUGAGGGAAAAUGACCGAAGUGCUCCGUGAACGGGACGAAAAUGUUCCCGUGAAAGAAAACUCCUUAGAAGGUGAUGGGAUUUUCAAGAAAAUUAAUUAUUUGAUAACUAAGCCGGAGAAUAACCCAAGGCUUCCCACAAUCAAAGACUUCGCCAUAGUCAAACCAAUCAGUCGAGGAGCAUUUGGCAAAGUUUUCUUGGGAUACAAAAAUAAUGAUCCGAAUAAGUUUUAUGCAAUUAAGGUUAUGCGUAAAUCUGAAAUGAUCAACAAAAAUAUGGUUUCACAAGUUAUAACAGAACGGAAUGCUCUAGCACUAUCGCGAAGUCCUUUCUGUGUAACGCUCUAUUAUUCGUUGCAAUCGUCAUCAUAUGUUUAUCUUGUUAUGGAAUAUAUGGUGGGAGGAGAUCUCAAGUCGCUAUUGGCAAUGUAUGGAUUUUUCGAUGAAAGCGCCGCCCGGUUUUAUAGUGCGGAGAUUUGUCUAGCGCUGCAAUAUUUACACAGUCACGGCAUAGUUCACAGAGAUAUAAAGCCGGAUAACAUGCUUGUAUCUAGUACGGGACAUGUUAAACUAACGGAUUUCGGAUUAAGUAAAAUUGAACUUAGACGAGAUUUAGAGCUAUCAGACCUUAUAAAUUGUUCGCCAAAUCUGAACGCACGGACUCCCGGACAACUUCUUUCUUUAACAUCUCAUCUCUCAUUCGGGUCGAACGAGGCCAAACGAGCAGCGGUGACUUCCAAUUUCAUGGAAGUUAUCAAUAAGCAUAAAUCAAUUUCAGAAUCAUCAGACAGCGAAGUGGAUGUGUCUACAACCGGAAUCGAAAGGAACAAUCACAGCCGUAUGUCUGGCGUUUCACCUUUCUUCUCAACCGAAGAUAUUCCGAAAUUAUCACAAGUUACUUGCGAAAAUAGCACGUCGUCUUCAUCUUACUACACCUGCUCUAGCGGAGAAUGCAAAUCCAACAGCACCAAUUCCGAAAUUCCAUCCCAACAUGAAAAUCUCGGGGCAAAUGAAAAUGAUUGCAACUUGAAUCGAAACCAAUUAUGCCAUGUUUGUAUUGAGACAAAUUCACUCAAAGAUAAAGAAUCCUUGUUUGGUACUAAGAAUUUGUUGAAAGUAGAAGGCGACGAUGAUUCAUGCAAAUAUUCUUUUGAGUUUUCAAUGAAAAUGCGUUCGUCUAAAACUACCGAAGAUUCAGGCGUAUCCAGCCGGAAAAGUGAUUAUUCAAACAUGAAUUGUGAGAUCUCAUCUAUUGAAAAAGUCGAGCAUUCCAGCAAUUCAAAGGAAGAGCUUAGUUGUUCUGAUUAUUCUAGAAGUUACAACGCUAGUCAUAUAAACGAGCUUAGCGAAAUUAGACACGAGCUACACUCGCCCAUACGAAAUGUAUCUAGAAAUUUUAAGCGUCCCGAUUGUGUGAGAGGGAUCAAGCGAAAAAGAUACUUUCUUCACCGCACCGAGGCUUUAACUCAUGAAGAGGAUGUUAGCAACGGUAGUACCGGUCUAACACAAGAAAUUGAUAUUCUCGAUAUUGGCAGUAGCACGCCGAAGAAACGUAAAGGUCGUACUCCACUAAAAAGUGCCUUAAAAGUGAGGUCUUUAUCUGACGAUGAAACACCGCAUAAUAAUGAAAAUAUGGCUCAUGUUGUGUUUUCUACGCCAGUUUCUUCACAAAAAGCUCCACGUCGAGAUGGGGGCUUAUUACAAAAACUCAAAAAUACGCGUUUCGCGUUGCCAUUAUCUAGCGAGAAGAAAAGACUGCAAAAAGAAAUUGCUAAUGAACGGCGAAACGUGAAACUGGAGGAAGAUUUAGCUGUAUCUCCAAUAAAUAUAAAUAACCCACCCAAAACCCCAAAAACCAUGAUAACCCCAUUCAGAACUCCUAAGUCAGUUCGAAGGGGUGAAAAAGUUACAGAUGAAAGAAUUCUAGGAACGCCGGAUUAUUUGGCGCCUGAAUUGCUAUUGAUGCAAGGUCAUGGUCCGGCAGUUGAUUGGUGGGCUCUUGGCGUUUGCCUGUACGAGUUUAUGACUGGCAUUCCACCUUUCAAUGAUGAAACACAGCAAAAAGUUUUUGACAACAUUCUCAAUAGAAAUAUUGAAUGGCCAGAAGGCGAUGAAGCCCUAUCGAACGAAGCAAUGGAAGCCGUCGAGCUUUUACUCAAUAUGGAUCAUCAAAAACGACCUGCAGCUAAAGAAGUACAAGAGAUGCAAUUCUUCAAGUCCGUCGAUUGGAAGAACCUCGAACACGCCACACCACCGUUUAUCCCAACUCUGGAUGAUCCUACAGAUACUGGUUACUUUGAGCCGCGUAAUGUUAUGCAACAUUUACAGUUGUCUAACUUCCACCCCGAAGAUUGAAUCUCUUCCCUCGCUUGUGAGAUUUAAAACUGGGACUUGGAGACGUUCGUCAAAAUCCAGUUAAACUAGGCUAUAUAUUCAUAUAUAAAGUUAAUCCGGAAUUAAUAUAUAUUUUAUUCAAAUUGUUGCUUUUGUGAUAGAAAGGUGAUUAGUUUUAUUAUUAUUAUAUGCCAUAGAAGAUUUCCACUAAAGACUUGGUGUUAGAAAGUCUGAUUUAUCUGAUCAUAUUUAGUAAAACAUGAAUGAGUCAAACAAACUGUUUAUUGUUUCCAUGUUAGGUCCACUACAUAAUGAAAUAAAUUUAAAUAAUAAAAAAACCUGAAA